CGCAUGAGCCUGUGACGUCAUAGUUACAAUAUAAGGCCCAGCUUGGCCCCUUGUGUGUAUAGAUUUCGCGCACAACCCAAUGGGCAAACCCACAUCGUCGAGAUAGUACUGGAGUAACCGAAGCUUCUUAGCUACAUAAAGCUAGACCAUCACCAUGGCCGGUAACGCUACCAACAAGACGGUACUGGACCGCUACAUGCGGCUGCCCAUCCCUGACAACAAGUGCCAGGCUAUGUACGUGUGGGUGGACGGGUCAGGCGAGAACCUCCGCUCCAAGACCCGCACUAUUAACUUCAUUCCUAAGAGUCCUACAGAGUUGCCAAUCUGGAACUUCGACGGGUCAUCAACGGGCCAGGCUGAGGGCAGUAACAGCGACGUAUACCUUCAUCCGGUUGCCCUCUACCAGGACCCCUUCAGGCUGGGCGACAACAAGCUGGUGCUGUGUGAGACUUACAAGCAUAACAAGAAGCCCACAGAGACCAACCACCGCCACAGGUGCCUCGAAGUGUGCACGAAGGCGGCCGACACUCACCCUUGGUUCGGCAUGGAGCAGGAGUACACACUGCUGGACACUGACAAGCAUCCUCUGGGCUGGCCCAAGAAUGGCUUCCCGGGACCCCAGGGCCCCUACUACUGCGGUGUUGGGGCCAGCAAGGUGUAUGGUAGGGACGUGGUGGAGGCUCACUACAGGGCGUGUCUGUAUGCUGGAAUCAACAUCUCUGGGGAGAACGCAGAGGUGAUGCCCGCCCAGUGGGAGUUCCAGGUUGGUCCCUGUGAGGGCAUCACUAUGGGUGACGACCUGUGGAUGGCUCGCUACCUCCUUCACCGUGUUGCCGAGGACUUCAACGUGGUAGUGUCCCUGGACCCCAAGCCCAUCCCUGGCGACUGGAAUGGUGCUGGAAUGCACACCAACUUCUCCACCAAGGGGAUGAGAGACCCCAACGGCAUCUGCGAUAUCGAGAAAGCCAUCGACAAGCUGUCAAGACACCACAUCCGCCACAUCAAGGCUUACGACCCCAAGGAGGGCAAAGAUAACGAGAGGCGCCUCACUGGCCUUCACGAGACCAGUUCCAUCCACGACUUCUCGGCGGGUGUGGCCAACAGAGGCUGCUCCAUCAGGAUCCCCCGAGGCGUGGCCGAGGAGAAACAGGGCUACCUGGAGGACCGUCGACCAUCGUCCAACGCUGAUCCUUACAUGGUGUCUGAGGUGUUGGUGAGAACCAUUUGUCUGGACGAGUAAGACCCUGGACGAUCAUCUGAAAAGGAGGGGGGGGGGAGGCUCUAGGACUCCCGCUACUCCAGCGUCCAUCACCACCUGCGACAGGCGGCUCCUCACUACCGCCAGACGCAAGGGACCAACGCACAAUCCAUGUCAUAAUUUUCUCCAGUUUCAUUCUCAUCGAGUCAUUUCAUUCUUGAAGAAAAACUCUUUUAUUGUACUCACAGUCUUCACUUUUGUUUCACUCGUCUUCGUCUCUUAAUGGAUCGUUUCGUUCUAUUAAACGUUGUAUAUUUUGUUGUGAAUAAGUCCAUUCAUAUUAUUGAAUGACGAGUACAAGUAUUAUUUUGUGAUAAACUCGAGUAUCUCUUCCUCUUGUUACUAAUGACCGUCUACUGCUGUGUUUAUAUUGUAAAUAAGAAGAUAAACUUUUAACUGUCUAUUAUAGUAAUUAUCUGUCAGUCUUACAGGAGAUGUAUAACUCGCCUCCUGUUAAGAUUUACCUAUAAGAUAUAUCAUUACAUCUUUUUAAAAUAA